ACGCCGUUUCACUGACUGGUAACGCAUGGUUUACCGGAAAUUGUAUUGAUUAUGAUUUGUAGAACAGACGUUGGUCAGAAACGGGAAGUCGGGCAGUGUUUUCUGCGGGCGGGAAUUUCAUGUUCAGUUUGGAUGUGUUUACAGAGUGCAUGUCUCGCACAGACACUCAGCAUGGCUGCGGAUACAGUAGAGUACACCAUAGGAGGAGUGAAGAUAAACUUCCCCUGCAAAGCAUAUCCCUCUCAACUUGCCAUGAUGAACUCUAUUGUCCGUGGCCUGAACCAUGGGCAACACUGCUUAUUGGAAAGCCCUACUGGCAGUGGGAAGAGCCUCGCGCUGCUCUGCUCAGCCUUGGCAUGGCAGCAGGCGCAGUAUGCCAAGUCAGACCAGGAGGGAGGAAGCCCAUCAUGUGAUGUGAAAAAGCCAUUUGUUACUACCCCAUGUCAGUGUGUGUGCCACAACAGAGCUCGUUGCUCAUCUACUUCCUUUGGCACUACAGCGUCCAAACCAACUGUGAUUGACCUUACUGGAGAAAAUACUGCUGCACAAGUCAUCACACCUCCGAGAGCGGAGGAAAAUCAAGCCAAGAGAUCCACUCUGUCAUCCAGGCUUUCUGAGAAAUUUCAGGCUUCCCUCAAUACACAGGGAGAACCAAGUGAUGAGGACUUUAAGCCUGACAAGAAGCGCAUUCGGGCACCUGCUGCUGAUCAGAAGCAAAGCAGGAAGCGAAGAUGUUUUGAAAAAGGUGUGGUGUUUGAGGAGGAGGAGGAGGAGGAGGAGGAGGAAGUCGAAAGGGCUAAUCCUGGGGCUGAGAACUGGACUGUAGAGUUGAGCAGGCAAGCCAAACCUGAAGGCAGCCUGCCACCUGCUGAAUGCUGUUCUCCAGUACCUUGUUCCCUGUGUGCUUGUGCAAGCCUCGCAGAAGGGCAGAGGGCAGGUGAAAAAGUCAAGGAAAAAGACAAGGAAAGUAAUGGGAAGAAAGCUGUCCCCAAAAUUUUCUUUGGCACACGUACGCAUAAACAGAUCACCCAAAUUGCACGAGAGCUGAAGCGGACGCUGUACUCCACUGUGCCCAUGACCAUCCUGUCCAGCCGAGACCAUACGUGUGUCCACCCUGAAGUGGUACCCCACGCCAACCGCAAUGAACGCUGCAAGGAGCUACUCAAGGCCAAGAAUGGCCAGUCAUGCCGAUUCUACCACAAUGUGCAUAAGAUGCGGGAGCAGAGGUCUUUGCAGUGGGUGCAUGGGCUGCACCAAGCCUGGGACAUAGAAGAGCUGGUCAGUCUGGGCAAUAAGCUACGCUCCUGUGCCUACUAUGCAGCCCGGGAACUCAUGCAGGAUGCUUGCAUUGUUUUUUGCCCGUACAACUACUUGCUGGACCCCCUUAUCCGGGAGAGUAUGGACAUCAAUCUAAAGGGGCAGAUUGUGGUGCUGGAUGAGGCUCAUAACAUUGAGGAUUGCGCCCGCGAGUCUGCCAGCUAUACCCUAAACCAGGCUCAGCUGCGGGAGGCCCGUGAGGAUUUUGAGGCCAUGGUGACGUAUAACAUCCGCCGGAAUCACCAUGAGCCUCUUCUGGCCUUUUGCUGCAGCCUGCUCAACUGGAUACAAGAAAGCUCCAGUAUUUUGCAAGACAGGGACUAUGAGUCUGCCUAUAAGGUGUGGACUGGGAAGGAAGUUCUGGACAUCUUCCAUGGUCUUGGCAUAACAGCUGACACGUUUCCUGUGCUUCAGAAGCAUUUUGAGGCAGUGCUGGAGAAGGAAGAACGGGUCGGGCUGGUGAAUGGGAGAGAGGACACAGUAGAGGUUCCCACCAUCAGCUCCAACACUCAGACUGUGCUCAAGAGCCUUUUUAUGGUGUUGGGAUUUCUGUUUAGACAAAACUGCAGGUUUGCAGAUGAUUACCGUGUGGCUCUGCAGCAGAGUUAUGUUUGGACUACCCAGGAGGAUGUGCCUGAUGCCCAGGGCUUUUUUGCCCGGCCACGCCGUCGCCGCCAGGCUGUCCGCACUAAAACCCUUGUGCAUACCCUCAGCUUCUGGUGUCUUAAUCCUGCUGUGGCAUUCUCUGAUCUGAGCACAGUAGUACACAGUAUAGUGCUCACUUCUGGUACCCUCUCACCCAUGACGUCCUUCUCUUCUGAGCUGGGCCUCAAAUUCUCUAUCCAGCUGGAGGCCAGCCAUGUCAUCAGCAAAUCUCAGGUGUGGGUUGGCACUAUUGGAGCCGGUCCUCAGGGUCGUAGGCUAUGCGCCACAUUCCAGCAUGCCGAGACCUUCACCUUCCAGGAUGAGGUGGGGGCACUGCUGCUGAAAGUGUGCCAGACGGUGAGCAGAGGCGUUCUCUGCUUCCUGCCAUCCUACAAGAUGCUGGAUAAGCUGAGGGAUCGCUGGAUGAACACAGGCUUGUGGGAGAAGCUGGAGGAGCGGAAAGCAGUGAUUGCAGAGCCACGUGGAGGAGCCAAGAGUGACUUUGAUGAGCUGCUACAAACGUACUACAAUGCCAUCAGACAAAGUGGAGCCCGAGAUGGGGCACUUCUGAUUGCAGUUUGCAGAGGGAAAGUGAGUGAGGGACUGGAUUUUACUGAUGACAAUGCCAGAGCAGUGGUCACAAUUGGCAUUCCCUUCCCCAACAUCAAAGACUUGCAGGUUGAAUUGAAGAUGAAAUACAAUGACCAGCACUGUAAAUCCAGAGGCCUUCUUCCUGGAGGCCGAUGGUAUGAGAUCCAGGCUUACCGGGCCCUAAAUCAGGCUUUGGGAAGGUGUAUUCGGCAUAGAAAUGACUGGGGUGCACUUAUUUUAGUGGACGACCGUUUUAGAACCAACCCCAACAAGUAUAUCACAGGCCUGUCCAAGUGGGUGCGUCAGCUGGUGAAGCAUCAUGACAGCUUUACUAGCGCCAUGCAGUCUUUGGGGUCCUUCUCCCAGAGCCAGCAAGAACAAGUAGAGAGCCACACUGAGCAGCUUUCUCAGACUACCCACGAGUCGCCCAGGACUCGGUCAUCUGCUCUACAGUCCCCUCCUGAGCUUCCAAAACUGCACCAAUGCCUGAGCUCUGAGGGUCAGAUUACCGUUCCUGUCGUCAACCCUUCGGAAGCAGGUGACCAGAAGCCUUCACAGCUUCAUUCAGAAUCGCUAAUUCCUCAGUGUAAUGUGCCUAAAAUCCUGCCAAAACAACAAACGAUACCCACCAUUUUCACUUCCACUCCAGUCAGUUCUCGAUUCAGGACCCCUAUCUUCCAAUCUAAAGACUCCAGGAAGGACCCGGACCAGUGUGUAAAUUCAGCAGUCAUUAAUAAGGACACCGUUUCUGCACCUGAUCAGGCAGUGAAAGAUCAGACUGAAGUUGUUCCUGAGAACAAACCGAAUGAGAUUCCACCUGACCCUCCUCUUCAGCCUCUAGCCCUGUCCCCUGUUGAGACACCUCCAUACUGUAUUUCCAAUCAGGAAACAAGUGUAGCAGGGCCUGAAGAUGCUGAAGAGGAGGACCAGAGUAUCUUCUACACCCCAGAGCUGUUUGAAGGAGAAGAUGAAGAGUCAGCUGCAGCAGCUAGAGGGGAAGAUGAGAGGUCAGCUAUGACAGCUACAGAGGAAACUCCUCUUAAGAUGGAACAGCUUCUUUGCCCCAUCGGAAAGAUGGCUGACGGACAGCCUGAGGAGUUGUUCAGGUCCGAGACGGGCCAAACGAGGACCUGUGCUGGCUCUAGUGAUGUUAAAGGAGCUUCUGUGUAUCCUGAUAGAGACAGUGUUUCUCCUAACAGAGACUGUGUAUUGUCUGAGAGUGUAGCAGAGCAAGCAGGGGUGAGUUGCUGUAUAAGCAGUGAGGACAGGGCCACACAACAACAACAGAGCAGCAGCAGCAGCAGCAGCAGCAGCAAGUCACGUAGGCUCUCCAGGUCCAGGCAAAAAGCAUCAAACAGAGAAGCAGGUACUACUACCUACUUCGUCUCUCAGGGGAGUCAGCCACAGGUCAUUGCAAUCGAUGACUGAAAAACUGUAACAUUUCUAAAUGGUAAAUAAAUAUAAAGCUGUACCAUGGUAAAUAUGUCUUUCUAAAAAUGGUGGAAGAUAUCUUUAGCGUUGGUGUCAGUACUGUGGGAUUGCAAACACACAGGAUUAAAGUUCAGAACUGAUUUUAACACAAUCCUGCAAUUUCUUUUGAACUGUGUUAAAAUGAGGGUCAGGCACAUUUCCCUAAGCUCAGAACAUGAAGACAUGAUGGGGAUGAUGUUAAUGAGUUGACCUGUAAUAUCUGUGAAGUGGAACAGGGGGAACUAGAAGGUUUCUUAUACAGUUAAUUUCUCAUGGCUGAAAGUUGUUUUUACACCAAUAUUACAGGUCAGUAAAAUUUUAAUUGUAUGUCCUUUGAAUAUAAAUAAGGCAAAAGUUGUGUAGUUACAAUAAAUGGCCACAGAAGGCUCUUGUUAUUUUUAACAGAUUAAAAAAAGGAAAAAACAAUUAAUGUACUGAAUAUGAACAUGCAAUAAAAUAGAAAUUAUAUUCUC